AUGUCAGCCUAUGCGAGAGAGAACCGUGGCUACAAGUAUCUGCUCACCGUUAUCGACAUAUUUUCUAAAUUUGCUUGGGCCGUGGCGAAGAGGAGUAAGAACGCUGAAGAUCUGACGGUAGCUAUGAAAUAUACACUGAAUCUGAUGCAGAAACAUGGUAUUACGCUGUGCUCAACAUUUAGCAACUUGAAGGCAUCGAUCUGCGAGCGAUUCAACCGGAUUCUGAAAAGUAAAAUGUGGAUGAAGUUCAGCCUAUGGGGCCAUGAUCGGUGGUUGAAUCUUUUAUCAGGCUUGGUAUCCUCUUACAAUAACAGUAGACACCGAACCAUUGGUAUGAGGCCCGCAGAUGUUACUGCUAAGAAUAAGAAGAUAUUACCGCAACGGGUGUUCAACAAUUUGAAGACUAAAUCUACGCUUAAUCGAUCAAAGUUUAAAGUGGGAAAGAAGAUAGAUAAUUGA